AUGGAGUUCCUGGAGGACCUACUGCUCGACAAAGUAACCUACGAUAUCAAUCAUCUUCCCUCAGAGACCGCCUCCAGGGUUUAUCUGGAUAGUAGAGCCACCAUCAAAUUGGGAGAUGUGUUCACAAUCACAGUUCGCCUGUAUGACGGUUACAAUAGGCCGCUGAAGCGCGGAGGCGACGUCCUGUCGAUAAGGAUGCGGAACUACACCAACGGAGCAGGUUCGGUUGGUCACGUUGUCGACCACCAUAACGGAAGCUAUACCGGCAUCCUCCGCGCAUCGUGGACCGGAAGUGUGAAGAUAUCGGUGUGGAUACUGUACCCUCGGGAAGCUCUGUCGAUGUAUCUUAAACACAUGGGUCCUUUCACUCCUAGGAAAACCAUCAUGUGUGUAUUCAAGAACAAAAACGUUGCGACCGAGACACAUGGUUUUCCCUCCGUCGAUGCAUUCAGACGGUUACCAUUCUGUAACAUGACAACGGAGAACUACGGGCUGGCUUGGUACUGCGGAAAACCGAACAACCCUUUAGUCUGCCAUGACUGGGUACAGUUCAGAUACAAAGUAAACCAAGAACCCGAGUGGACGAAUAAAGAAAAAGAGACGUUCUAUGUGAGUGCUAUGCAGGUACGGAGAAUACGAGAUUCAAUAUCAGUUAUAAUCUCCGGACGACCGGACUCUGCAAUGACGGGAACAGCAGUGACAUCAUGCGGUAGGUCAGACUUCACAGACACGUGGACCCAGACCUACACUUCCGGCUUCUUCUACCGGAGGAAAUGGCACAGAACGUCCUGCAUAUUGACCAUUGAUGAUCACACAUUGCGGAGAUGUUUUUCCAACCGGCGCCUCCACAUACUAGGGGAUUCUACUUCCCGUCAGUUCUUCUCCGAUCUCUACCAGAGGCUAAAUAUGACAAUGGUCACUGAAAAAUGGACAGUCGCAAGGUGGCACCGUUACACCGAGGCUCAAAACAGGGACAUGAUGUUCAGAAUGAGCUGGGCUCCUCACGAACUGCCCUUGUACUUCGCAGGCAAUAGAGCUUCUGCGAGGCCUUUGUUUGUUCACAUCGAUGACAUACCCAGCGGCUCAAACGAUUUAGUCAUCGUACAUAUUUAUGCGCAUUUCCGGUUUCACCAUCCUCGUGUGUUCAGGGAGAGUAUCCGUCGCGCUGCGCAGUCAGUCCGGAAGCUGCUGCAGCGGUCCCCAAGAGCUGUAGUGGGAAUCAAAGGCACUCACUAUUUCCGGUUCCCCUCCGACACCAUCCACUCUGGGUUCGGUCUGGUGUUCGAUUCUAUAAUACGGGAAGAGUUCAGUGAUAUGUACUCGAGAGUGAUCCUGAUAAAUGUGUGGGACCUUAUCUUGGCCUCUGACAUUCUCAUACUACACCCGCCUGCAUGGAUGGUUAAGAUCCUUGUUGACAGCUUUCUGGGCUAUGCGUGUUCUCGAUAG